AGUUGCAAGAUAAUUCAGCAAAGUGAAUUAAUAUUUUGCGAGAGGAAAUUAAUCUCAAUCGCAAUGAAAUUGUUUUGCGAGAAAAGAAAAUUUUCAAUCGCAAAUCAGUACUGUUAUGCGAGAAAACUUAAACUUAAUUUCAAUCGCAAAACAAUGACGUUGUACAGUAAUACCUUGAUGGGAAAACUGAAAAACAACGAAGAGAUAAGCACCAUCGGCUUUCUCUGUGUGGUUACGAAUCAAAGACUCGUUUUGGCUUUGUACACCACUACACCGCCGGUACGUAGAGUACGUUGGCGCCGGGUCGUUGCUCCGGCCGUGGUGAGCCGGUGGAAGCCGGGGAAGAUGCUGCGGGCGAUGCCGGAGGGGCCAUGCUGGCCAUGCAGGAUGGAGCAGCCGUUCCAAACGCCGGCCGUUGGCCGAGAUGUGCUCGCGCUGUGCACUGGCCUGCCGGAGGCAGUAUCGCCUUUGCGCCUCGAGUUGGAGACCGGGGAGCGUAGCCGGUGCGCCCGCGAGAAUGAGCCUGCCGCGCCAUGGCCGAGCGGAGAGAACCGCAUCGGCCGCUGGCCGCUUGUGCCAUCGGGCUGCGAGCCGCGCCGGAGGAGGGCUGCGUGCUGCGCGCUGCGCCGCGAACGGUUGGGAACGACGCGCUAUGGUCGCUGGCCGCUGUCUCCACAUCGGAGCCGUGGGCCACAGCCGCCUCCUCCUUGGUUUGGUUGUCUCCGGACGCCGGCCGAGGCCGCGCCGUCUGAGCACUUCACCUCACAGCGAACGGGACGCCGCGGGGUCGAGGCCGCGUCAAAACCGAGGGCUGCAAGCGCACUGGGCACCGCCUCCACGCCGGGAUUCGCGGUGGUCGGCGAGGGCGACGCCGGCCGUGAAGACGCCACAGCGUUGCUGCACAGGGAGGCGGUUGGCAUGGAAGGCGUCAUCAACCACCGCCGAUCCGCGUCUUUGGCCGCGCCGCGCCGCUGCGCUAGUCUGCGGCCUGCCCCGCUUCUCUUCGCACGGGAUGCAUGCAUGCGGAUGCCCGUCUUUGCUUCCUCCAGGUUCAUGCGUAACCGCCCACCACGGCAUGGCCUUUAGAGAAGCUGAGUCAAAGGGGCGCCGGCGCGCGAGCGGCAGAGAUAGCCGCUACUUCGAUGGAUGGAUGCAGGGAGCGGCCGGACUUUGAUUCCCGGUACUUGAGCGGCCGGACCAGCGCCAGCGCCAUCGCUGGGCAGAUUCGACGAAGCGCAGUUGAUUGGAUACUUCUUACUCUGGAUUUCUUAAUCACAAGAAGACAACCAAAAUUGACAUCUGAUGAUUACUAUC